GCCAACACGUCUGAGACCAGUGCUCCGGUACCCUCCCGUGCCGGCCCUCAGGGCAAGAAAACUGUUCGCGGUCGUCGCGGAGGGUUGAAGGAUAUGCCCCAGAUGCCAUUGGACGUAUUAAUAGAGAUAUUCGCAUUCAUGCACCCUCGCGACUUACUGAACCUGGCCCGAACAACUAAGCCAUUCAGGAGUCUCCUCAUGGCGAAGACUGCGCGGAAGAUGUGGGAGGCAGUGAUGGCGAGAGUGGAAGGUCUUCCCCCGUGCCCUCCUUACAUGAGCGAGCCCGCAUAUAUCAACCUACUUUUCUUCUCGCAUUGUCAUAGCUGCCUCAAGUCCAACAUUCAAAACAUCAUAUUCGAGUUCGGGGUCCGUUACUGCAAUAGAUGCAGAUCAGAUCUGAUCCUCCGCAUGGACGCCUGCGCAGAUGUCCAUUUUCGGAUCAACCCGCUGAAAGGGUCCCUGGAGCGUUGCUUCUCGUACGAGGUUGGAAAGUCCGACGAUAGAAAAUGGUUUCACAAGCCAGAGCUAGAGACGUUCUGCAAGCGUUGGGACAGCCUUGAAGACGACCUCGCUAGGAAGGCGCUCAUCGAAGAGUAUGCAGCGAGAGUCAGGCUAAUUGACGAAGCUGUAGGAGCGUACUUGGAUUGGAAGUCGGGUGAGAAGGCCAGAAGGGCGGCAGAGUUAGAGGAAAUCAGAGCCACACGCGUCAGGUCUAUACGGGAUCGCCUUCGUCAGGAAGGUUGGGGAGAAGAGUUCGACAAAAUGUCUCCCAACUGGCAGAGCUACCUCGAACUUGAAAACUUCUCCGCGAAACCCGAACCCUUGACUGAUCGAAGAUGGCAAAACAUACGUCAAGACGCUGUUUCGUUCAUGGAAAGGGCCAAGUCGGACCGCCUCGCACAAGAACGCAAGCUGGUCUUGCUCGACCGCCUUUCCAAGUUCUCAAAGGCAUACGAGGAAUUCCGGUCUCCCAUGGCGGUGUUGAGAGAUGCCAAAUCCGACCUGGACCCUCUACCAAUGGACCUCGCCAUGAUGUCCGAGUUUAAAGAUAUCCUCAACGAUGUGGGUGGUGCCGAUAUGUCAGUCUUGGAAGACAGGGAGCAGAUGCGACCCAUGUUCGAGUCUGCCACCGCCCGGUGGCGCCAGGAGCGUAGAGAGGAGUUGACCGCGAAAAUUCGCGCUUCCAACAUACUUGUCCCUCCAGAUAUUGCGGAUCCCCUCACGCUGGCCAUCUCCCUGUUCGGAUGCAAAGCGUGCUCUCGAAGAGACUUGCAGUACCCUGCUGUGCUGACCCAUCUGUGCAACCGACGAUACGAUCUGCCCGCUGACGACUACGAAGUGGCAGUCCAGUGCGUCUGGUCUCCAAAUAACCUGCGCACAUCUUGGCGGUCAAAAUACCUGUUCGCUUCCGUCGAUGCCGCGUCCCAUUUGCGGCCGAUCCUGCAAGCCUGCGGGCUCGAUCCGGACCAUGCAACUCAUCGUGAUGUAGAUCAAUCGAAAGCCGUGCUUAUAUUUACAGGCAGUGCUUCUUGGUCAAGAGGCAGCAAGAUCAAUGCGGAUGGUACCCCGACACUCAUUGAGAGCUACAUCAAGCACGAGGCGUUCGUCGAUUGCUGGCGUGCACUCUCUUACCGCCUGCGUCACCCCCAGCUUCCAAGUCGUUGGGAACGCGUUUCGGAUAACGAAGCAAAGAAGAUCCAAGACAAGGAAUGGGAAUCGUAUGCUUGGGUAGACAUGUACAAGACAACACUCGGCUGUAAAUACUGUCCAUUCGCUAUCCGAGAGGAGCACAUGCCGCGACACCUCAAGAAACGCCACGACAUUGAUGCCGACGAGGGCACCAUUUAUGAUCACUCUUACCAACAUGAGGACGCGGCUCCGGAGUAUAAGUCGAUUUAUCUCAAGCGACACGACAACGGCACGUCCGAGGCGUAUUUCAAUAAAUUUGAAUCCGACUUCGGCCUCUUCUCUCUGUUUAUGGGGGCUGACGGUGAUUCGGAUGCUGCCGAGUGGGACUCCGACAUGGAUUUCUAAGGCGACGCCCGGUACCUGACACUUUCAUGCCUCGAGAGCAGACAGCUUCCUUGUUGCGAAGCCCAGAGCGGUUUGGGGUGCUCCGUCGAGUUGUGGUGCAGAGGCGUGCAAUGUCAAUGCAGAGCGAUAUCGAAUUCAUUUUCC